AUUGGAGUAUCUCAUUUAGCUGCCACCCGAUUCACGAAACUUUUGUUGGGUUAUCCAAGUGUCCAACUUGCUGGUCUUGGAGCUCGUGAUAGUUUACGUCUCGAAGCUGGUUUGUGUUUGUAUGGACAUGACAUUGAUGAAACGACAACUCCAAUAGAAGCAGGAUUGUCUUGGACAAUAGGUAAACGUCGUAGAGUGGAAGGUGGAUUCCUUGGAGAUGAACACAUUCUAAAGCAACUUAAUGAUAAAUCACUUGUAAAAAAGCGUCGCAUUGGACUUACUGUAGAAGGUGCACCAGCUCGAGAAAAUGCCGAAAUAUAUAAUGAAGAAGAUCAAUUAGUUGGGAAAGUAACCAGUGGAGGUCCAUCACCAACGUUAGGUAAAAACAUUGCAAUGGGUUACGUAAGAACAGGGUAUAAUACAGCUGGAACUCCUUUAAAAGUUAAAGUACGUGAACGUAUGCAAAAAGCAACUGUUGUUAAGAUGCCAUUUGUUAAACCGAAAUAUUAUAGAGGUGAUGAAACUGUUUAA